CCAUAACAGUGGCACGGAGGCGUUAUGCGGCCAGUCGCAAGUUUAGGCGGGAAUCACUGAACCAUGCCAACGCUCCGAGCGCAUCACGAUCGAGGAACGUGUCCUAUUUAUUUUAUGGUGUGAGCUGUGUGAGGCCAGGCCAAUGGACCCGGCAUUCGGACGACUUCGGUUGCAAAGUUCGGCCAGUUCUUCCCUCCUGCCGCGAUCGACGAGCAGGGGGCUAGCUCCCAGUGCCGUGGUGCAUGGGAAGUGCUAUGAGGCACAGAUUAGGCCGGUGCUUGAUUCGGAGUUGGGGAAGUGUGAACCGCGGCGCUGCGGCUGCUGGCGUGGUCGGCAACGAAGCACCGCCAACCAGCUCACCAAGCUGGCGGCGCUACAGCAGGAGCCGGGCUCGUCUUUGACGGGCGUCACACGCGCUGCAGGGGCGCAGGCCACGAGCGAGCCUUGCCGUCGGCAGUGGCGUUGCCGCCGUUGAGGUCAUGGCCACGGGCACACGUGGCUUCACCCAGCCAUCCCGUGGCGAUAGCCGUGGCGACUACCGUAGCAUCAGCACAACACCCGGCAGCUCGCCAGGUAAGUAAGUGGUGGCUGGACUGCGCGUGUGUGUGGGAGCCGUGAGAACCCCUGGUGGACGGUGCCCACAACUUGUCGAAUGUUUGCGGGAGUUGGUUGUCACAAAAGCGGAUCCGGAUUCGACGAGACGCAUCCAGCGCGCUAAAGAGAUUUCAAUUCCACGACUAAAAACAGGUUUUGACCCGCCCGCCACCUGCCUGCCACACCCCUCGUAUGGCACUGGAACGUUUGUCCCCCAGCGACUUUCGAUUGGCCUGCUGGUAGAGUCGCUGGUGGACAAUUGUUCCGGUGGUUUCGGGCAGGCCCAAAUGGGCAGGGCAGGGAGUGGCAGCUUAGGCGGGGAGUGGCACCCGGGUGGGUCGAGCGCGGGCAACGGGAUGUCCACCUCAGCCAACCCGGGUCUGCCCGGGUUCAGGAAUAAAACUGUGUUCUUGGUCGCUCGCUUGGUCGCUUGGUCGUGGCAAGGGAUGGACGCAUAGGAAAUAAAUCAAAGAGGGAGCCGACGGGGUGAGGGGGUUUUAGUCUCAAGUACCCGCGGCCUGCUACCAAUGGACGCAUAAAAUAAUUGCAUACGCUGGCUAAUUUCCAUGCGUUGAAACCGAUUGAAGCAACAGUCAUUGCAGAACUUCAGCAGUUUGUAGCGCCGAACGGGCGAUGCAGGCUCCUUAAAUGGUCGCCUACAGCAUAUGCGUGAAUUUCCAUAUGCACAGCGCAAGGUGGCGCGACCGAGACCAAUCUGCUGCGGAAUGGUGAUUACUGCUGAAUUCCCGUAAUUAAUGGGUCGACCGGCGGGGUAAUAGGCUGCUGCAUCAAUAAUCCUAAACUAUAUGGGCAUAAACUGAGCUCACCCCUCGCAUUUGAGUGAACGAGCGCAGCAAUAAUGCGAGCGAGGCCGUUGAACGUCCACCCACAAGCAAAGUGACCACGCGCACACACACACUCGAUCGAGUUUUUUAGGAGCGCGCUCCAUAGUUUGGAUAGGGAUAUAUUUUUUGGUUCCACGAGCCAGCCGGAGACACACUUGGCUGGCACGCGGGCGCGCGCCCCGCCACUUCUACGCAGUCAGGAGCACUAUGAGGCGCCACGUUGUGCUGCUGUUGCAGGCCCGCGCUCUAUUUGUGACUGUAUUUGUAGCAAUGAACAUUGCUACUUGUACAGUCCAUGCUGCGCCAGAAAAAGGCAAGCCGGCGCGCGCUGCCUGAGGGGUCUGCCUGAGAGUCCGUCCAGACCUGAAGACACGAACGUUUGCUUGCUUGCCGUCACCGCACACUAAUAUAUAUGGUAACAUGUACAUAAAUUCAGGCAUUUUCAUGUGUAUCCACCCACUUUGGUCAGCACUUAAACUACACUUAUUUGCUUUAUGUGUUGCGUGUAUUGCCGGAUGUAACGACGGGAAAAGGCCCUUCGAAGUUGUCAGGAACGGGAAGUACCCGCGUUACAUUCUCCCCCCCUUGGAUCACACGUCCUCGGGUGGAUCUGCGAAUGUGACUGCUCGCCAGAAACCAUUUUAGACACCACAGCCGGCACCAGCCGUCACCGCGUCGAGAAAGUGGUUCGCAUCACAGCCCCCUAGUGUCGAUUUUUUGAGCGAAAACCUAUUUCCGACGUACGCAGGAUUCGACCCCAUGACCUUAGUCAUCCGCAACAUGGAUUUUGGGGUUUGGUCUCGAUACCAAUUGUAACGACGGGAAAAG